AUGGUGGCCUUUAAGGCCUCUUUGACGCAAGGGUAUCCUCAGACAGGAGACUUCAUUAUUGGUGGCAUUGCUAGUCAUGGCGGUUUCCUCUCCAAUCCAACAUCCUUUACUGAAGGAUCCCUACCAGAUUUGCCUGAAGAUCUUUUCAUAGUGCCUAAGAAUUACCAGCACCUCCUGGCUUUUGCAUUUGCAGUAAAAGAGAUCAAUGAAAACCCUCAAAUAUUACCUAAUCUCACUUUGGGCUUCCGUAUCUAUGACAGCUAUGACAAUGCAAGGAGAACCUAUCAUGCAACCAUGUUACUUUUCUCACCACUGGAGAGAUUGGUCCCCAACUACCUCCAUCAAUUUCUUACAGGAGUCUCAUUUAACAACAAUGUUCAGAAUGAGGUUUUCUUCAAUGAGAAUGGGGAGAUAGUAGCUGCACUGGAUAUUAUCAAUUUGAAAUUUUUCUCCAAUGAUUCCUUUCUCCGUGUGAAAGUUGGGAGCAUGGUUCCUCAGGCUUCUCCAGACCAUGCAUUCACCAUUGAUGAGGAUGCCAUAACAUGGCACAACUGGUUUAACAAGACACGACCACUUUCUAUAUGUACUGAGAGCUGCCAUCCUGGUUCUAGCAAGCGAGUGAAGGAGGGGGAGCCACACUGCUGCUAUGAUUGCUUCCCAUGUCCAGAAGGGAAGGUUUCAAACCAGGAAGAUAUGGGUGAGUGCAACACAUGCUCAGAAAGAGACUAUCCAAGCCAGAAUCAGGAUUACUGUAUUCCCAAAAUGAUAACCUUCUUGUCUUAUGAAGAACCUCUGGGGGUCAGUUUAGCUUUCUUUGCUCUUUCCUUUUCUUUGAGCACAGUUCUGGUGCUGAGGACAUUUAUGAAACACCACAACACUCCUAUAGUCAAAGCAAACAACCAGAACCUUACCUACACUCUUCUCAUGUCCCUUCUGCUCUGCUUCCUUUGCACAUUGCUAUUCAUUGGCCAACCUCAGAAGAUAACUUGUCCCCUCCGUCAAACAGCUUUUGCCUUCAUCUUCUCCGUGGCUGUCUCUUCUGUACUAGCUAAAACCAUCAUGGUAGUUUUGGCUUUCAUGGCCACCAAACCAGGAUCCAGAAUGAGGAAGUGGUUGGGCAAGGAGCAAGCCAGCUCCAUUGUUCUUUCCUGUUCCCUUAUCCAAUCAGGGAUCUGUAUUGUAUGGCUGGGAAUGUCUCCUCCAUUCCCAGAUGUCGACAUGCACUCAGUGGCUGAAAAAAUUCUACUGCAAUGUAAUGAGGGUUCUGUGACAAUGUUUUACUGUGCCUUGGGCUACAUGGGCUUCUUGGCAAUUAUCAGUUUCACUGUGGCGUUCCUCUCCAGGAAGUUACCUGGCAGUUUCAAUGAGGCCAAGUUCAUCACUUUCAGCAUGUUGGUCUUUUGCAGUGUUUGGUUGUCUUUUGUUCCAUCCUACUUAAGCACCAAAGGAAAAUACAUGGUGGCUGUGGAGAUCUUCUCCAUCUUAGCCUCCAGUGCUGGAUUGCUGGUUUGCAUCUUUUUCCCCAAAUGUUACAUUAUUGUGUUGAGGCCUGAGCUGAACAACAGGGAACAGCUAAUGAGAAAAUAUUGAAGAAUGUCUAUCUGCCUUUUGCUAUAAUUUGUAUUUUAGAAU